UUUUCUCUUGUAAAGAUGCUUGACUGCACGUUAAUAACACUUUCUCAUGCAUGUGUUUGUAAUGGAAUCCUAAGGCCCUGCCUAAUAUGUUCAAUAGCAAACAUCCAUCUCACGUCCUCUUCUGUUUUCUCACCAGUUCGAUCCUUCGGUACAGAAGACAGACCAACAGACCGUCCAAUACCACCUCGAGAUGAAGUCUUUGAGUACAUUAUCUUCCGGGGGAGUGAUAUCAAAGACCUCACUGUCUGUGAGCCCCCAAAACCGCAGUGUUCUUUGCCUCAGGACCCAGCUAUCGUUCAGUCCUCACUGGGUUCAUCAUCAUCUUCAUUCCAGUCAGUGGGCUCCUAUGGACCCUUUGGCAGGAUGCCAGCAUACAGUCAGUUCAGUCCAAGCACAUUGGUCGGGCAGCAGUUUGGUGCCGUUGGUGUUGCUGGGAGCUCAUUGACAUCCUUUGGAACAGAAGCAUCGAAUAGCAGUACCUUAUCCCAGAGCAGCGCAGUUGGUUCUGCCUUCACACAGGACACAAGAUCUGUAAAACCACAGCUAGCCCAAGGUCGAUCAAGCCCUCAGUUAGACCCUUUGAGAAAAAGUCCAACCAUGGAACAAGCAGUACAGACCGCCUCGGCCCACUUACCUGCUCCAGCACCUGUUGGGAGAAGGAGCCCUGUACCAACCAGGUCUUUGCCAUCCACCAGCCAGAAAGCAAUAGACAACCAAGAGCACAGGCGAGCUGAAGUUCAUAAAGUCCCAAGGCCAGAAAAUGAGCAGCUCAGAAAUGAUACCAAGAGGCAAAUAGUUCCAGGUGUUCCUUCUGCUCCAAGGAGAGGACGUGGGGGUCAUCGAGGUGGCAGGGGACGAUUUGGUAUCCGUCGAGAUGGUCCAAUGAAAUUUGAGAAAGACUUUGACUUUGAAAGUGCAAAUGCACAAUUUAACAAGGAAGAAAUCGACAGAGAGUUUCAUAAUAAACUUAAAUUAAAAGAAGACAAACUUGAAAAACAAGAGAAACCUGUAAAUGGUGAAGAUAAAGGGGACUCCGGAGUUGACACUCAGAACAGUGAAGGGAACGCUGAUGAGGAAGAUCCUCUUGGCCCCAACUGCUAUUACGACAAAACUAAGUCCUUCUUCGACAAUAUUUCUUGUGAAGGUAACAGAGAAAGGAGACCUACUUGGGCUGAAGAAAGAAGGUUAAAUGCUGAAACGUUUGGAAUACCCCUUCGUCCCAAUCGUGGCCGUGGGGGCUACCGAGGCAGAGGAAGCCUUGGCUUCCGAGGAGGCAGAGGACGUGGCAGUGGCCGAGGAGGGACUUUCACUGCCCCACGAGGAUUUCGUGGUGGAUUUAGAGGUGGUCGUGGGGGCAGGGAGUUUGCAGAUUUUGAAUAUAGGAAAACCACGGCUUUUGGACCCUAAAAGGUCUGGAUUGGUCAUACUGCUUUCUGAAAGAAAGACAACAAAGUUGCUGCAUAGUCUACAAACAAGUCUUUGAAAAUAGGUGACUCCUAGCUCUUCAUGGUCCUGGAAAGUGGUUUCAGUCUUUGUGAAGAAUGAAGAAGUGAAGUUGCUGUCUGUCUGUCACCAGCACUUGGUUGUGUCUGUCUGUGUUUCUGCUUCAUUUCAAAGCUGCACUGCAGUUGCUUUGGGGCAGGAAGGCUUGUCUUAAAACAUGAGCAUAGGUUAUGUGGAGUAGCAGAAGGCUGUGAUCCUUGCUAGAGUUGAACCACAGUGAGCUGAAUGGAACCGCUAAGUCUUUUUUUUUUUUUUUUUUUCUUUCUUUUUUUUUUCAUCACUGAAAGGAUUUUUCUUGUCACUAAUUAAUUGUAUUUGGUGAUUACUUCCAGCUGCCUGCAGAUAGGCCGUGAUACUGUGUUUGAGCCACAGAAAGUUUGCGUGCGUGCGUGCGUGCGUGUGCGUGUGUGUGUGUGUGUGUGUGUCUUUUUCUUUUUGGAGAGCCUAUAAUAUGAGGUAGCUUAUUUUGACACUUAAUUAGGGUGCUGGAUGGUAGAGAAUUUUGUCAGUCAACUAUGUACACACAGGUAAAUACUGUUUCUUAGGCAAAGGUAACUUUUUUAUAUAGUUGUAAAAUUCCAUUAUAUUCCAUUGCCAAAGAAACAUUAAGAACUUUGUAUAGCUGUAUAAAAAGCAACUAAUUUUUUAAAGAAUAAACGUUUAAAGUCAGCAAACAUACGUGUCCUUGCAGAAGUCAGUGUGCUGAGGAGCAGGGCUACGGGUGGGUCCUUUCCCUUUGCUUUCCAGGGUUAAGGUUUUUGAUUUCUUUUUUAAUGUUUGGAACACAAAUGAAGAUUUGAUAACUUUAUUCCAUUAUCUAAAAAGAAUAAAUUAUUCAUGCAUAGUGUAUGGACUUCAUUUUGUAGCAGAUCACAGGAUUUGUCCAAAUAACAGAUAUUUUCAGUGUAUGAAUGUAAAUGAUCACAGAUGAGAAUGUACCUCGCUGUAUUUUCAGAUGAGUAACCCUCCCCUUUUUAAGACAUUAAAGCUAGGCGUCCAUUGCCCUGUUUUCCUGCUGUGCCUGAAUUCUGUUGCGAUGACACUUCAAGAAGAUGGGGUUUUCGGAAUCCUCAUCACUGACACAGCUGUGGGCCUGUGACCUACUGGUGACUCCGUGUACACGUUUGUUGCUAACUGUAAAUUACUAAUAAAUCUUUUUAAUAUUUAAGCUAUAGUGAAAAAGAUCUGGCCACUUUGUUUUUAACGAAGGCCAUGAAAUAAAGGGAUCCAAAGAUUUAA